UGGGGGGUGCCCACAGAGGCCAGAAGGGGUAUUGGAUCCCUUGGAGUUGAAGUUACAGACAUUUGGGAGCUACCCAACGUGGGUGCUAGGAUCCAACUCUGAUCCCUUCACUGCUGAGUUAUCACUCUACCCCUUAGAGUGUGAAGGCUUCUUACACACACUGGACCCUUCCUUUGUGAUUGGUAUUCCCAUUCUGGAUGGGGAGAUGAGUCAGGAAAGGAUUAAUGACUUCAAACUACCUGAUGCUCACAGCUGAUAAGAGGGCUGACAGGCAGGCCCUACUCUGCAGCACCUGGGCUCCCCCACUUCUUCCUGCCCCCUCCUCUGAGGAGGGAGAGUUGGGUGUCUCAGUAGGAGGAAGGUAUUGCAGGGUGUAGGUCGCCCUAGGUGUCCCUGGCUCCCCAGCUGUGAUUAGGAAGGAGAAGGACCACCCUUCAUUGACAGUCAUUUACCGUACAAUUAUGCUUUAUGGGAUAUUCAACCCAAGGAAUGUGCUACCCCUGGCCGAACGUAAGAGGAAGCCUAAAUUCUCGAAGGAGGAGCUGGACAUUCUGGUCACAGAGGUGACCCAUCACGAGGCGGUUCUCUUUGGGAGGGAGACCAUGCGACUGUCCCAUGCCGACAGGGACAAGAUUUGGGAAGGCAUAGCUCAGAAAGUCACGACUGUCAGCCAGGUCCCCCGCUCCGUCAAGGACAUUAAGCACAGAUGGGACGACAUGAAACGCAGGACCAAGGACAAGCUGGCCUUCAUGCAGCAGUCACUGUCAGGCCCCGGCACAGAGGGCCACACCCAUUCCAUCACACUCACUGCCCACGAGAGGGCCAUUGAGUCAGCGCUGCUCACUGCCCAGGCAGGACACAGCUUCCCCAGGGCAGAGCUGGACGGCACCGACAGCCCUUCGACCAGCUAUGACGAAGAUGAAGAAGCCCCUGGGCCCUCGCAGCAGCCACUUCGGGUGCCCCUGCUACGGCCUCUGGAAGAAGAGGCCCACCUGGCCAGGCCCAUGCUACUCCAUUCAUCUUCCUCAGACCAAUCUGAGUCAGUGGGCACUAAGCGAGAGGCCCGACCCUAUCCCUCGCUCCAGGCCCAGGCCUGUAGGACCCCACAGCCUCACCCCAGCUCACCCACUGUGGGCCUAGACUGGCAACUCCUCCACGCCCACUCACAGCAGACUGAAAUGCUCCAGCAGUUCUGUCAGGAACUGGUGACCGUGCACCAGGACAUGGCCGGCAGCAUGCAUGUGAUCAGCCAGACCAUGACCGAGCUGACCAGCCGUGUCAGUCAGAUGUGCCAGACUCUGAUGGAGAUCCGAGAUGCGGUUGAGGCAUCUCAGCGGGGACUAGAAGGGGCAGCCCGCCUGGGCUCCAACCCCCAAGCACCCCUGCCGGACCCUACACAAGCUCCCUCAGUCCUAGCCCCUGCACGGACUACCAGGUCUCGGAAGAGAAAGCACAAUUUCUAACCUGGCCAGUUUGCACUAGGAGAGACGGCUAUGGUGUCUGGCCUUGAGAUGGGGCAGUCUCUUGGGUCCAGGAACAAGACUGAUGUCCCUAAGGGCACAGCCAUCUCCUCACCGGGUAUAAGCCUGCUUAGGCUCUAACGGAGCAUGUGUGCAGGCCCACUCCUUCAUCUCAGGAGGCUGUUCAAGAUCCAAGAGAAGCUGCCUGCUUGAUGCUUGCUUGGCCUAGAGGGUUGCUCUCCUCGGUCUGUAUCCCAAGGAGCAGGCCUUGUGGGGAAUGGGGAAGCAGCCAACUGACUCUUCCUUACAAUUCGGGGCUGCAGCAGACCUGACCUUCCACGAGGCAGGGAGGGCCUGUGGGUGGCCGGGGCUAGCUCAGCCUGGUGGGUGGGUUCCCGCCUUGGCCUGUGCUUGCCCUGUGCAAUGCCUGCAUUGCUCAGCUGCUGUGCUGCCUUUUGUGGAGUGGAAGGGAAGGAGGCUGAUGCUGAGAUCUGGAAGGAGUCUGUCUUGCAGUCUUAGCCAUCUUUAACUACUACCCCCCUCCCACCCUGCACAUGUUAGGUGUUCACAGAGAGCUCUCAAAACAGUGAGGAGGCAUUAUCAUCACUGUGAUCACCCAUCAUUAUCAUCAUCACCUGCAUCUCAGAGGUCAGAAAUGAUAUAGCUAGGUAAUAGGUGCCAGGACUAUGGAUUUGCCAGCUCCUUUCAAAAGGCCAGCUCUGGAGUGGUGGUAGAAGGGGGAACUUACUCCUCACCUAGCUUCUGCCCCUGUCUCAGCUUCCCUGGGUAGAAGAGGGGGACAACAGCAGUGUGGACGUGAGUCUCUCAGCCUGCCCUGGCCCUAAGGCUCAUAGCCAGUGGCUGGAGAGGACCAGGACCCAGGCCUCAUAAGUCAAUAGACAGCCCUUCCCUCUGGCUCCUCAAACAAGAUGGAGCCCAGCAAGGUUGUUAGGGUCCACCUCCCAGCAUGCCUUGCCUCUGCUUGCUUGGACUUUAUAUGCACUUAGCCACACACACCUAGCUUCAUGUUUUGUUUUGGGGGCAUGGGCCGAGAGAGCUGGGUUCUUAGAGGUAGGGAGGGAGGUAGGGGCUGCAAGCUUAGCUUUGGCCUGGAUGCAGCUUUGUCUUUGCUCCCUGGCCUGAAGCUGAUCCCAGCAGACCUUUUGCACCCUCACCCUUCCCUUUCAUCCUGCCCCCUUAGUGGGCCUGGAGCCCUCUGGACCUUGUGCCUGCUGAGGCUGUUGCUGGAGCUACUUAUAAACCCAGACCAGGUUUUGUCCCACACAGGGUGAAUGGACACCUGCCAUGUCCCUGAGCCCUGGGCUCCAUGGCCUCAUUCUGUGGUUCUUUGGGGGUUCCUGCCCCCAACCAAACUGAUAUUGUCCUUACCAGUAAUAGCUCAGUGCCUGGAAUUGCCCUGCCCACCCAUGCUGGAACCCAAGAUUGCCUUCCCAAGUAUCUUUGUUAAGAUGGCAAUAAAACGAAAUGGAUGUCAUACUUUGAACA